AUGGGGAAUGCGUUGCACCGAGACACUGAGGACGGUACGACGGGCCUCACGGAAAAGGAGAGGCGGCUCAUCCACGAGUCGUGGCAGAACUUCACGAAGAAGCACCCGGACUACGGCAUCCUCCUGUUCACGGCGCUCUUCGUCAAGCACCCCGAAUACCAGAAGCUGUUCAAAAAGUUCAAGGACAAGGAGCUCGGCACGCUGAUGAGAGAUCCGAUAUUCACGGACCACGCGUCAACCGCGGGCCGCCAGAUUACUGCCAUGGUGGAUUCCCUGGAGACUCCCGGAAUCCUGCUGGAAAUCAUUACGAAGAACAUCGAGUUCCACCCCAUCGGGAGCGGCGUGCUGCCCGAGCACUACGUAGAGAUGGGGCGCGUCCUCAUUGAAGUGCUGCGCGCCGACGAGGACGAACGCACGACUCGGGCAACCAUCAAAGCCUGGGAAAAGCUCUUGCACCUUAUGAACCAGAAGACCACCGAAGUGUACGCCGAAGAAGUCAAACUAAACAAGCUGAAGAACGUCGACUCCUACGAUGUCGAGUACGGCAUGUCCACCACUGACAUCAUGGCCAGUUCCAACAAGUCUGUCGAGAAAGUAGACCGGCGUAAACAGCCCUCCUCCGCGCUCCCACAUCACAAGAGGUCAUCUGCGUCCGAGUUUUCAUCAAACAAGUAUGAAUACUUUAGCGGUGUUUAG